UGAGGCCUUUCUCUAUCACCGCCAAAUACCGAAGCCAAACGACUCUCCAAAGCUCUUCCUUGCCAUUUUGCUUUAGGUAAUGUUAUUCUACCACGGUAAAUGGUAAUGUAUUAAAUUCAUUGUCCUUUUACUUACAUGAAUCUUGUAAAGGUAGAAAGUGAAAAGAAGAGAAUGAUAGCGUUGGGAUUCGAGGGUUCAGCCAACAAAAUCGGAGUGGGUGUUGUCACACUUGACGGCACCAUCCUCUCCAACCCACGCCACACAUACAUAACCCCUCCCGGUCAAGGCUUUCUCCCAAGAGAAACCGCUCAGCACCACCUUCACCACGUUCUUCCACUCGUCAGAUCCACUUUAGAGACCGCCAACGUCACUCCCGAUGACAUCGACUGCAUCUGCUACACCAAGGGCCCUGGAAUGGGUGCUCCCCUUCAGGUUUCUGCUGUCGUCGUUCGCGUCCUCUCUCAGCUUUGGAAGAAGCCCAUUGUUGCUGUCAACCACUGUGUCGCUCAUAUUGAGAUGGGUAGGGUUGUCACCGGUGCCGUUGACCCUGUUGUGCUUUAUGUUAGUGGCGGUAACACUCAGGUCAUUGCAUUCAGUGAGGGUCGUUACAGAAUUUUUGGUGAGACCAUUGAUAUUGCUGUUGGUAACUGCUUGGAUCGCUUCGCUAGGGUUUUGACGCUUUCCAAUGAUCCCAGUCCUGGUUACAACAUUGAGCAGCUUGCUAAGAAAGGAGAGAAAUUUAUAGACAUUCCUUAUGUUGUCAAAGGGAUGGAUGUAUCUUUUAGUGGAAUACUUAGUUACAUCGAAACGACUGCAGUUGAAAAGCUGAAGAAUAACGAGUGCACACCUGCAGACUUGUGCUACUCUCUGCAGGAGACUCUGUUUGCUAUGCUUGUGGAGAUAACAGAGCGGGCUAUGGCUCAUUGUGACUCGAAAGAUGUCCUUAUAGUUGGUGGUGUGGGCUACAACGAGCGUUUGCAGGAGAUGAUGAGAACAAUGUGCUCUGAACGGGGUGGGAGGCUGUUUGCCACCGAUGACAGAUAUUGCAUCGACAAUGGUGCAAUGAUAGCUUAUACUGGUCUCCUUGAAUUUGCUUAUGGUGCGUCGACACCACUAGAGGACUCUACUUCACCCAGCGGUUCCGAACAGAUGAAGUGAAAGCAAUCUGGCGAGAAGCAAACUCUACCAAAUUGAAUGGUCUUGCAGAGAAAAGCAUUUGAUUUGUUAUUCUUCAGGUCUGAGUCUGAUUGCCUUCAAGCUCAAGUUUAUACAUUAGGACCUUGUAAUUUAUUAGGACGGUAAAUUAUAUAUGAAACUCUUCAUUUUUAUUUAAUAUUCUGUUAUCAGUGGAGAGUGGUGCAGUGAUGGCACUGAUCCAAGAUGUAGGAGAUGGUUCAUUACCAAUGUCAAUUGGGGCAUCACUUUAAACAGUAUUGGUUAUAGUUUUUUCAUGUUACAUAUUGUCUAAGGUAGUCAACUUAGGUUAUGUAUUGAGUUAGUAGUUUAAGGUUGUAUCUGCAUUACCCUAUUGUUGUAAACUGAAAACCUGAGUAAUUGUGAACCAUGGCAUGUGCUAUUCCAUUUAAAAACCAUCUUCAGAAGUAACGCUUAGAUAUUGCUCGAAAUACACUGAAAAUUUCAU